UCCACGGUAUCUCUUUUCAAUUUCGUUGUAUCAGCAAACCCUGAUAGUUUUGCUGCCAUGCUUUGAAUCGUUUUUAUCAAGUUCAAUGUUAUAAUCUCUAUUUCCAGGCUUUUACAUCGUCCAAUGAAACAUUGCAGCUACUGCGAGACUAUUUCAUGUUUUUCAUCUGUCGUAUAUUAUCUCGAAUUUGCAGGUCUGCUAUAUUUUGAAUUUCACGGAUGGAGACGACGGCAUAGAGCUCGAUGAUCUUUUUUGGGUUUUUCCCAGAUAUUGUUUCUUAUACAUCAUUUUUUCAUACAGAAAACACGGUUAUUAAACAUAUAUUUGGUGCGAAAAAAUUUAUAUCGACUAUUAACAACGACCCCCCGAAUAAAUUAACCCCUCAAUACUUGAAGGUCGUCUCUCCCAGGAUUUGCGCCUCGUACGCUAUCAUCCAGUUUUUCGCUUCUCUUCGAUCUGAUUGGCUAAUAUGGGUGAUCCAUUUCAAGACAACUAGCGAUUUAUUGUCAACAGCGACCGAAGUCAUCUCGUUUUGUUUACAAUUUUCCUGCGUUGUAAAAUGGAUUUUCAGGAGAAAAUUGUUUUUAAACAAACAUAUAUUGCGUGGUAGAGAUCCUUGAAUUUGUCCCUUUACUCUGAACAGAAAAUGGAGCAUCCUGUGCCUCCAGGGGUGGCUAAAUUAGCUGUAGGUCUCAUGUAGAAGCAACAAUGCAGAAGUAACAAUGUCAUUGGCAAGAUGCCAGGAAAGCCUACAAAAGUUACAAGCAGCGAAGAAAAACUAUUAAGGAAGUUGCUAGGCAUACUUAAUCAUCCUGCCAAGAAACCACAGCUGCCAGGCUUGUCAGAUACAAAAGCUAAACCAAUAACUGCAGCAGCAGUUGUUAAACAACCUCCUGAAAGAAAAUGUUUGGAGCAGUUCAGCACUCUGUUUCACAAUGUGAGGAUAUUUUCAACCCAUUUAUAUGGCAAUUACUUUGGCCAGAUUUUUGAAACAUUAUUGAAGCAACGACUGGCUUGCACAGAAUGGGUGUCUAUUGCUGCAAGAGAAGAUGUCUUGGGAGCAUUUAUAUGUCUUCGUAUUCUGAUGAGAGACCCAAGUUAUCAACAAGAAUUUUUCAAACUUGGUGGUGUGAGGGUACUAGUACAGCGUUUGCAAUUUUUCACGGAGGAAGAUCCAGAAGGCCAAUAUACACUGGAAAUUUUGAAGGAGAUGACAAAUAUUUGCCAAAAGUUACCAACUGAUGAAGAAAAGCGCGAAUGGCUUGUCGCAUGUGGUAUCCACAAGCCCUUGGUGAUGUUACUUCAUACAACGGAUAUUGUUGUACUGCAUUGUUCUCUUUACGCCCUGAUUGGUUUAUCUCAAAGCGAGAAAGCGAAAAUCGCCAUCGGAGAGUUAAACUGUACCGAAGUACUUCUCCAUAUUAUAGAACACUAUGAUAUACCUUCAAAGAAACCUGCUGCAAAUUUAUUGAAGAACCUUUGUUCUGAUAUUAACAUCAGAGAACAAAUAAAAGUAUACGAAGGCAUCCGAAUAUGUUUAAGUCUGCUUGAUUCUGACAAUAUCAAAUUUUUAUGGCAUUUGGUUUGGGUUAUCGUUCAGUUAUCAGAAGAUAAGGAUUCCAGCGAAGAAGUUCGAUUACUUGGUGGUAUUCCUCUCAUAUUGUCUCUAAUACACAAAGAUCGAGUUUUUCAUGCUGAUCAAAACAUCCUGGUGAUGUCUAGUGACUGCGCUACAAAAGCUGCAACAGACGUUGAAAUUGACAACAAAAUGGAAUUGCUUUCGCUUAAAUCUGCUGCCUGUACUGCCCUGACUGAAUUAGUUCUCAAUGAUACGAAUGCUCAGCAAAUCGUUCAGGCUAAUGGUAUCUAUUUAUUGAGUUCGUUAAUUCUCCAAAAAAAGACGAGUCAAACAGUUUCUUCAGACGAAGGAAAUGCAAUUGAGAAUCUUCAGAAAAGUGCGUUGAGAGCGCUACGAUAUUUAUUCAGCAUGGAAAGAAACCGACAACUUUUUAAAAUACUUUUUCCUCCUGACGUUUUCGAGAUGUUUAUUGAUGUUGGCCACUACGUUCAUGAUCUUAACGCUUACAAACUCUUAGCUGAAAAGAUUAACAAUCUUUCGGAAGAGCAAGUAACCCUGAUUAGUUCAAAUAUUGAAGCAACAAACAGGCGUAAAGCUCCAUCACGUACAGUGGGUUCCUACGCCAUUUUGGAACUGCUUGGUUCUGGCGCGUUUGGCAGUGUUUUUAAGGUUUGUAAAAAGAACGGAGAUGGAACAUGUUUUGCCAUGAAAGAAAUUUCACUUACGAAUCCAAACCUUGGAAAAACAACUUCAGAAAGAAACAAAAGUAGUGGAAAUAUCAUUCAAGAAACUAAAUUUUUAAAAGAACAGUUGAACCAUCCGAAUGUGGUUAAAUACAUCAAAGCAUUUCAACAAACGAAUACGUUGUAUGUGAUAAUGGAGUAUAUCGAAGGUGCUCCGCUUACCGAACAUUUCAAUUCUCUGAAAGAAAAGAAAGACCUGUUUUCAGAAGAAAGGAUUUGGAACAUAUUUAUUCAGAUUGUGCUUGGCUUACGAUAUCUACACAAAGAGAAACACAUUAUUCACCGUGAUUUAACACCAAAUAAUGUCAUGUUGGGAACUGAAGAUAAAGUAACUAUCACCGACCUGGGCUUAGCGAGACAGAAGCUCCCUGAGGCAAGUGAACUUACGUCUGUUGUUGGUACCAUGUUGUACUGGUGUCCUGAAAUUCUGCAGCACUUGCCGUAUGGUGAAAAAGCUGAUGUUUGGGCUGCUGGAUGUUUACUUUAUCAAAUGGCAACAUUACGACCGCCUUUUUAUUCGUCAAAUCUUCUUCAUCUUGCAACUAAGAUUGUCGAUGCUGACUAUGAGGAAAUUCCAGAUGAGAUGUACUCCAAGAAACUCAUUGAAACUGUCAGAAGGUGCAUAACAAACGAUCCCAAGACUCGACCAGAUAUAGUUGAGGUCGGUGCAAUUAUCAGCGAGGUGAUGAUGCAAUACACCGACAAGUUACGCGUCAAGGAGCACGGCCUUCAAAAGAAACUGGAUCGGGAGCGAAAAAGAACACAAAAGCAUUACCACGAAGCGAACCGAAACAUGCAGAAUUAUCACCGGUUAUUCUGGGCUAAUCAAGAACGUUCAGAUAAAAUGAGUGGUGUCUAUACCAGUGCUGGUUACCACAGCAUGAAAAGUGGCGGUGGAAGUGAUGAUAGUGAUAUUUUGUUUGAUGAUGUGGAAGCAUAUAAAGCAGGAACUAUGACAGAAAGUGAUCAAGACAGUGGAUUAUCAUGUGCCGCAUCCUCAGAGAUUACACCUCCAAUUGAUGCUAAUGAAGAUCUUCUGUUUAAAAAGUUGGAAAAAAAGAAUGAUGUUUCACCAAAAAGAACUGAAGAUCGUUUUUCCACCGUCAAUCCACCACCACGGCAAUUACGAGAUAAAUCAGCCAGAAGACAACUUGAGUUGGAAAUUCCUAGUACAAAAAAUAAGGCGAAAUCUGCUGUUCCUAGUUUACACUCACCAACGUUAUCUCCAGAUCCAACAAAACGACGAACGCAAUCCAGCUCUUCUGUGGAGAUGAUACGACGUGGUCAGUCAAGUGUCCAGCCGAAACCAAGACCGCCAUCAGCAGCAGCCACCUUAAGCAUAUCUCCAAGGAAAGUUCGCCAGAUCAACGAUCCAAUUUUACAGAUUUUAAACCAACUCCACAAAAUUAUAUUCAUUACCCAGCUUCCUCCGACAUUCACGAGUAACGCUAAUAGAAGGAUUGUUGAGAAAUUUAAACGAGCGUUGUUUUCCCAGCAAACGGGUUUUAAUUUAAAAAGUGAAAUAAAGAAAGUUCUUGAAGGAUCUAAGGAAAUAAUUGAUUUAAGUUUUGGUUUUGGUCAACCUUCUUAUCUUUCCUCUCAAAAUUCUGUUGUAUCUCAAGCAAAUUCAAUGCAAGCAGAGGUGGUAGAAGGUGAUACCCAUGACUCUGGUAUAACGUACGAAAAGAUGCAGGCCAUCGUUGAAAGUGUGCUGAUGGAGAAUGGUUAUUAUGAUGUCUCACCAAGUAUUAAGCAACGACCGCCAUUAGGACCCAUUGGUGGACUGAACGGAAGAUGACGACAGUAGUAUCAGUAGUAUCGAAAUUAAUGACAUUUUUAUAAUUUAUACAUUCACAGACAUUGUACAUAUAAUCACAGCAUUUUUAUCUAAUUUUAAUGUAGUAUUUUAAAAUUGUAGUAUAUUAAGUAGUAUUUUAAAAACACAAGAAGGCGUGUUUUAUCAUAUUCGCCCUGUGGGAAAUCCGAUUUCCUGGGGAUUCCAACAAACAAAGUGAUGCGGCGCAACGAACAUGCAGGUGAUGCAGUUUUCAUUAAUAAUUUUUUACAACUGAUUUCUGUAAAUACUAUAUGAAUAAUUUUCAAUAAAGCCUUACGGAGUGUCCUUAACC